GGGCCCGCUCCCGGUCUCGGUCCCCGCUGCAGUUCCCGAUCCCCGCUCCCGGUCCCUCUCCCAGCUCCCGGUCCCGGUCCCCGCUGCAGUCCCGGCGCGGAGAGGCAGCCGUGAGCGCCGGUGGCCGCCGCCGAUCGCGGCCCGCUGGAGCUGGAGGAAGCUGCGGUGGCUUUGCCCACAGCAUCUGUUUACUGUGAUUUCAGCUCUGAGCAGCAUUUGAGAUAUUAGAAAAUUCACACUGGUGUCUGAAAAGGUGGUGCUGCCGGUGCUGUUUGCAACAGGAUUCGCACUGUAGGAGCACAGCCCGACAGGUAGUAGCAUGUGUUUUGGCUUACUUGGGUUUUCACCAUAGAGUUACAAUCCAGAGAGCUCAAAUGAGAGGAGCAGUUCAGGGCCAAGCAUGGUGAUGGCUGACAACAGCUUGAUGAUCCCCAUCAAUAAAGAUGCCUAUGAAGUUCUUAAGAGAAGAGAGGACUGCCUAAGUAGUCUCAUUUGCAAAAAGUUUGGUUGCACAUUGACCUUUAAAAGUACAAAGUGCACUGUUGAAGUAUACAGGAAAAAACUAAAGCAGGGAGUCAACAUUUGUGUUUGUAAGGAUGAUCUCACCAGACACAAGGCUGAUGCUUUGGUGAAUGCAGCUGAUGAAUAUCUAGAUCAUAAAGGAGGCCUUGCAUUAGCCCUUGUGAAAGCUGGAGGGCCAGAAAUACAAGAGCAAAGCAAUCUUUAUAUUCAAAACUAUGGAAGAGUCACAACUGGCAAGAUAGCAGUGACAAGUGGAGGGAAGCUGCCUUGUAAGAAAAUUAUUCAUGCAGUUGGUCCAAAGUGGAACAUUUAUGAAAAGGAAAGAUGUUGUGACCUACUUAAGGAAGUUAUUGUGAAUGUUCUGAUGUACGUUAGUGCUCCAGAAAAUACUAUAAGGUCUGUAGCUAUCCCAGCAGUGAGUUCAGGUACUUUUGGAUUCCCGCUCAGUCUGUGUGCUCAAGUGAUUGUGAUGGCUAUAAAGGAAUUUGUUGAGGCAAGUCCACCAAGCUGUCUGAGGGAAAUCCGCCUGGUGAACAUUAAUGAGCCUACAGUUGCAGAAAUGAAGAUGGCCUGUGAAAAAUUCCUGGUUGAUAACUGUUCACCUCAGGAGACUCUUUCAGCAUCACCAGGCCAGACUUUAGCUUCUAUCAAACAUGGAGGCAUUCGCUUGUACGUAGUAAGAGGACUCCUUGAAGAGCAGAAGACUACAGCUGUUGUUAAUUUUGUGUCUGUGAAUGGCGAGCCUUACUCUCCAGUUUCAAGAAAGCUGCUGCAGAAAGUGGAUUCAGCUCUUUGGGAUACACUUAAGUCUCAUCUUAGACAUUCUUCAACUUACAAGGACGUCAUAGUAACAGGAGGGUAUAAUCUGCCCUGUAAGAUUUUACUGCACAUUGUAUGGCUGCCGUACCACCAGAAGGAAUUAAAAGCUACAGUGGCAAAAUGCCUGUAUUAUUUAAAGGACUGGCAGUCUCCCUCAGUUUCCUUUCCAGGAAGCGAGGUGUGGUCAUUAAACCUGCCAGCUGAUACAGUGGCAGAGGUCAUGAUCGAAGAGGUUUUAAAUUUUGCCAAGGCAUACCCUGAGAAGGGGAUGGAUGUGCUGUUUGUCUGUGAACCACAUGACAAUGAUGCCUAUCAGUUUUUCCAGAGAAAAUGUUAUUUGGCAGCACACAAACUGGAAAAAAAGCAUUACAACAGAAGUGAUCAUUUGAGCACAGCGUCAAGCAGUCAAAGCGUAAAAGAGUCUGCUAACAAUGAACUAGCCAUUGAACUUAAAGGGGACAGAGAUACAGCAUUGGAAGCAGCAGAAUCAUGGAUCCAAAGUGUGGUACAAAUUCAGGAAAGACGAUGUGCUGUUAUUGAAAACAACUAUAUUUUUAGCUUUGGUAAAAACGAGUUUGCACAACUGUCUCAGAAGCAGCAUUCUGGUGUAUGUGUAUCAGAAGAAGUGAGAGGUGGUAAAGCAAGACUGAAAUUUCAGGGCCCUCCUGAAGCUGUGAUUGAUGCAGUACUCACAACUGAAAAAAUACUGCUUUGUAUGCAAGAGAAGACUACAGUCACACAAGGGGAACUGCUGUACUUAAUGGGUCAGUCAGAUGCAGGUCAGCUUUCAGAAGGACACCUUCACAAGACAAAUACUACUAAAUGCUUUGAGAUUUCACUGGUGGAACCGCACCUUCUUGAGUUUAAAGACCGACAGAAACAGUUUGAAGAAGCUGGGCUUCACGUACUGAGGAUUGAAAAGAUAAAUAAUCAUCUUUUAUCUGCUGCAUUCCAACAAAUGAAAAAAGAAGGAAAAGCAGGUACCUUCAAAAUAACCCAAAAGUUAUACCAAGAAGUUCCUGCUCAGUUCUGUAGCUCAGUGUGCCAAACUGGAUUCCACAGGAUGUAUUCUCCACCAAUAGAACAAAAAUAUGGAGCGGGCAUCUACUUUAAACGGAACCCAAAAAGCCUAAUCAAGGCUAAAGAUAUGUGGGAAACAGACUCUAAACUGUACGUGUUCGAGGCUGAAGUACUAACAGGGUUGUACACUGAAGGCAAGCAGUCUUACAUCAUGCCACCGGCAGUGGAGGGGGAUGCCACUGAGUUCUAUGACAGUUUAGUAGACGAUGUAAACAAUCCUGACACCUUUGUCAUUUUCAACAGUGUUGGGGCCCUUCCACUGUAUUUGUUGACAUGUUCCCAAGUGAGGGAGAAGUAUAUGGCCCCCUGAGGGAACCAGCAUCAUCCUGAGUAAGAAUCAACCAGAACGGUAGCUACUGGGAAGACCUCUCAGAACAAAGUCUAGUAGAUUUUUAAGAGGAUGCUUUACCUUGUAACUUGCUGUGACCAAAAUGCCUUGUGCAAAGUGCUCCGAAACAUCCGUGAACAAAAAUGUAAUUCAAUACCUUAGGGAGAUUAGAACAAAAUAAUGGCAUAUGGAAAGGAAAAUAUCACAAAAUACGGUUUAACAUUUAUCUGGUCAUUUACUUAAUGCCUUAACGUGUUCUGCGCAUGCGACUAUACACUUGAUGUUUGCAUAGGUUUUCAUUCUUCCACUACAUUUUCUUAAUCUGAGACAGCGCAUACAUUAGUGACAACCAAGAAAUCUUCUUGUGUCUUUGCUUCUUAGAUGUUCUUUUGACUUAACUAGGUGAAGGUAUCAGGUGAAAGCUGAUUCCCACUUUAGGGACAUGCUAAUAAACACACACAGUUAGGACAAAUAUAAGGCAGAAUUUCAUGAUUUCUAAUGGUAGUUGCUGUUAUGGUUUGUACUAGUUAAUAGAUUCUGAGCAUUGUAGAUACCUGCAUUCAAAAUAAAAAGCAUGAAUGACA